ACGCAGACGUUCUAAUCGUGACCAACAAGGAAAGGGCCCUUCGAAUAAUACUGCUAAAGCGACUGUGUCGACUGUGUCUUCGCAGACCAGUCAAGCUUCCUUGCGCCCUCAGAAAGUGCAAACAGGGCCUUCCUCCCCUGUCAUACCACUCAAAGAUGCACCGCCUCAUCUGGUUAUUGCACAUCAGGGUGAAAUGCGUCACGAUAUAGAUGCACUGGUCGAGCGUGUGAGAGCUGUCGCAAUGGCAGAUCAUAGACCUACUACCCCUGGCAGCCAUAUCGAUUGGGCUGGUGAUGACGAUGACAGCUUACCUGAUCUUGACGACUGGGGUGUAACGACGGCUUCAAAAAGCAAUGCCGAAAAACACGAAGAAAUAUCCCCUAUCCUUGUGGACACUCUGAAACCCUUGCCAGAACCUCAGCUGAUCGAGGAAGCGGUACCAGGCAAAAAUACCAAUGAGUCGACUUCUCCUGGAAAAACAGAUGGACCUUCUCCUCUUCCACCCUCUCCGCCGUCUUCGCUUCCCACGUCCUCGUUCGAGGAUGAUACUGGUGACAUCCUUCCAACACCGAAGAGUAAAAUGUCAGCUUCAUCGUCUGACAGUGGCGCAGUCAAAGCGCUGUCCGAUACAGGGGACGGUGCUACUGCACCCCCUCCAAGGUUGCCCCUUCAUCCUUCGCUUCCUCCUAAGCCCGUUGCAGCCGUGGAAACUCUCAAGGCACGGUCGAAACCCCGAGGAAACCACGCACGUCCCAAUCUGCCCCAAAAGCCAGCACCUGCAGCUACCACUGUCGCAGAGCCUGUCGCAGAGCCUGUUGCAGCAGAGCCUGUCGUCAACAGUAAUGAUGGCCUUGCGCAGUCCAUACAUGCACCUACUGCUGCGGAAGUAGCGCAAAAGGAGCAGCAACGUCUGACAGAAGAGCAGGGACUCGGCGCGUCGAUCCACGCUCCAAAGGGUCUUGCUGAUCUUAAUACUGCGAAUCAUUCAGCGUUGGGUCCAACACCCUCACGUGUGUUCAACCCUUCUCACAACCGUUCACGUACUGUGGGUCGACCACCGUCUUUCCAGCAACCGUUUACAGCACCAGCUAGCUUGGCUUCAGGGCGCGUGACACGUUCUGGUGCUUCCUCGCCGCUUGGCCCCAAUGGCCUUACACAUGCGCGUACACAUUCUUCGCCACCAUCGAGUGGCCCCGCUAGUCGGGCUCGACCAGUAAUCACUGGCGAUGCUAUCUCGAGGCUCGCUCGAACCAUUGGCGGAGCUCCUCGUACUGUCGGGGUAUCUGCUGGAGCAAAGGAAUGAAGUAGCGGGCGAUGGAUAUCUUUUCACAUAUUUACAGAUAUAAUGUUUUAUUUAUAGUGCACAUCUUUUGGCUUGCUUUAUCUGGUUGAUCAGUUUGGAUAGUGAUGACUGUUAGAUACCCGUCUUCGCUCUAGUUUCUCCACUCGGUUUUCGUUUUGUACUUGAACUUUCGCGCAUUACGCAUGUAUAAUCUAAAGGAUGUACUUACUAACUUGGUAUCUGAUGAUACGAUGAUGCAAAUA